UGAAAGUGUAGACUUUCUCAUUCGGCUAUUUUUUAGCCUAUCAAUUUUUUCUUGCUGUUUUCAUGAGCUUAUGCUCUUUGUUGUUCAUUGUUGCUGCUGUUUUUUUUUUCUAACACUUAUAACCAAUCUUCUUUGAAAGCCAAACUUCAGCAAAUUGUCAAAAUUUCAAAGAAGAUUAUUGUGUGGAAGAUUGCUGAAGUUUAAAUUCCAAAACUUGAAAGUGUCCAACUAUGGUAGAAUGACAUGUUUUUCAAUUCUACCUACUUUGAAAGCCAUGUUGAAAGCUCCAGUCAACUACGAACAAACUACUCCAUUAUAUAAACCAUAUUCCUUUACCCUAAACCUUGCAUCCCUACUUGAGCCAUUAAAGCAUGAUGGCAUUGGCAAGCAAAUUGCUGGUUUUCGUGGCGUUUUCUUUAGCCGUUCACAAAACCGUUGCGUUGAAGCAGAAGGCGACGCGGAUCCAAUUUUACAUGCAUGACAUCGUGGGAGGACCCCAGCCAACCGCGGUUCGUGUCGCCGGACGCUCCAACUUCACAGGUCAAGACUCGAUUGCGGCCAUGUUUGGGUCCAUUUCUGUGAUGGAUAACCCACUGACGGCCACCCCGAGCAUGAACUCGACAUUAGUUGGUCGUGCUCAAGGGAUUUACGCAAUGUCGUCGCAAGAAAAAGAGCUCAGUCUUCUCAUGACCCUUACUUAUGCUUUCACUACCGGGCCUUACAGCGGUAGCACUUUCAGCGUUGUGGGUCGGAACCCGGUGAUGAAAGAAGUGAGAGAAAUGCCGGUCGUAGGAGGCACCGGAAAGUUCAGGCUGGCUCGUGGGUAUUGCCUUGCUAGGACCUACUCGAUGACACAAAUGGAAGCGGUCAUUGGAUACAAUGUUACUUUACUACACUAUUAGUAUUAGCCGUAUUGAUUCUAAUUUCAUUCUGCUAUAGAUUUUCAUACACUCGUUGUGAUGGUGCUUUUUUUUAUUCGGAUCUCCUUUUAUGAGAGAUGGAUGCUCAAUAAUAAUCUAUCUUUAACUCAUCAA